AAGUAGAACGAUGAACGAAGAUCUCAGUUAAGUUUUGCGAGUGGAGACGGUCACAUCAAUUGGAGCGUGCGGCUACACCGCGUUCGUCUUUCUUUUGUGGACAUAUACACAGCAUUGCCUUGCUAAAGAGGAAACGCACUAACACAGUCGAGUGAUUUGUAAAGCGCCAUCCCACAAACUCCCCCUCCCCUCAGGAAACCCAAAACUCAACAUGGACGGCUUCUACGACCAACAGGUUCCGUUCAUGGUCCCGCCCAAUUCUCACGUCGAGGAACGCAGCAGAAUCUUCAGUGACAGAAAGAGGAAGUUUGUGGACACUGAGCUUGCCCAGGACACAGAAGAACUGUUCCAAGAUCUCAGUCAGCUUCAGGAUAUCUGGAUCGCAGAAGCUCAGGUGCCGGAUGACGAGCAGUUUGUCCCCGACUUCCAGUCGGAUAGCUUGAUGUUUCAUGGACCGCCACCGACAAAGAUCAAACGUGAGCUGACUCCCUCCAAAGAGCUGUCCCCCUGCCACCAGGACAGGAGUCCCAUGCCCUACGGAGAGAAGUGCCUUUACAGCUACAGUGCCUGCGACAGGAAGUCAACUCCUGGCUUCAAACCAUUAACCCCUCCCUCCACACCGGUGUCUCCAUGUGGGUCCACUAGCACCGCAGGAGCACCCCCCCUCAAUGAGCCUACACCUCCCCCUCCUACCAAUGUAGCCAGUCUGAACCCCGGACCGCGGCAGGUGCAGCCCCUCACACCGAGCGCGGGCCCACGAAACCAGCCGCCACUUUCGGUCCACAGCCCGCCGUUCGCCGUGCCGUGUGCGCUAAUCGGCCAGGAUGCCAAUAACUUCACGCCAGAGCACAGGUUCCAAAGGCAGAUGUCAGAGCCGUCCCUACCUUUCCCCCCAUCAGAGAGUCAAGGGCGACCCCACUUCCUGCCCCAGCUGGCCAAUAACAACGGUCGGCCACAUGAGGGCCGGCCACUGUACCAUCGGCAAAUGUCGGAACCCCUGGUGGCCGUACCCCCGCACCCUUUCAAACAAGAACUCAUCGACCCGAGAUACACCGAGCAGGGCGUACCCAGCGCAGGCCCGCCGGCUCCCCCGCGCCAGGCUGCGUUCCACCCGAUGGCCAUCAAGCAGGAACCCCGCGAUUUUUGCUUCGAUUCCGAGGUGCCCAACUGUCACUCAUCUUUUGGGACAGCGGGCAGCUACUACCAAAAUAACCACGAAAGCUUCGCCUUCGACAGAGAUCCUCAACUCUACUUUGACGAUACCUGUGUCGUUCCUGAAAGAUUAGAAGGUAAAGUUAAGCAGGAGCCCUCCAUCUAUCGAGACGGACCCCCGUACCAGCGCCGUGGCUCCCUGCAACUCUGGCAGUUCCUCGUCACUUUGCUAGACGACCCGGCCAAUGGACACUUUAUCGCCUGGACAGGUCGGGGGAUGGAAUUCAAGCUCAUUGAGCCAGAGGAGGUUGCUCGCCGCUGGGGCAUCCAGAAGAACAGACCGGCCAUGAACUACGACAAGCUGAGCCGCUCUUUGCGUUACUACUACGAGAAGGGCAUCAUGCAGAAGGUAAAGGUGGCUGGUGAACGGUACGUGUACAAGUUUGUGUGCGACCCCGAGGCCCUCUUCUCCAUGGCCUUCCCUGACAACCAGAGGCCUAACCUGAAAGCCGACCUGGACAGCAUGCCGGGCCUUGACGACGACACCGUGCCCCUCACCCACUACGAGGAGAACACUCCCUACCUACUGGACAGCGGAGAUCAUUGUGCUGCUGGCUUGCCCUUCCCCGACGGUUGCAGCUACUGAACCGUCAGACAAAGAUGCAAAAGCACUCCCCAAGUCUCUUAAUGCUUUUCAAAUUCAGAGGUGCCACCUGCAAAUGGCUUGCAGAGACCGGCGUGGAUGUCCGCACUCGCUGACUCGUGGAACAAAAUUGAUCUGCCGCUAACAGUGGACAAAGGGUAAAAUGUGACAAAAGUGGAAAGGGUUGUGAGAGGAAUGAACUUAAACUCUAGCGCCCUCCUUUGCAUUGGAGUGCAAGGCCACAAGACGUCAAACAUUACGCAAAGGACUGUCUGUAUAGACAAGAGUAGAGUUUGUGAUUUUUAUUUUGUGACACUCUAAUUUUCUGAAACAAUCAAGAGAAAUCUCAAAUUUAACAACGCAGCACUGUUUUAGAGUUGCCUAUUAGAAGUUUGUUGCGCCGUUAUGCUUCUGCACCCCGGUUAAAACGUGAGCAAAAGGGCUGUCAAUUGCAUAAUUGUUCAACAAGCCUAUUUUGAACUAACAAUCAUUUUUGUAGAUAUGACUUUUUUUAUUGCCACUUUUGGGAUCUUUAAAAAUAGAGCAUUACAAGCUAGACUGUUGGGCUGCUCUCUUGUCUAAAUGUUGUGUUCUUUAAUUGUCCUACCCUUGUAAGAGAUUGUUUCUGCUAGCGCCCUUGUUGGAGACUGCAAACCUUGCUACAAAUCUGUGCUGGAUUGUUCAAUUUUAGAGCAAAUCAGCACUUGUCUAUUUCAAAAGGGAUGCAUAUGCAAGUACACAAUUCUCCCACAGAGACCAUUCUUUUUAUAUAAAUUGUCAAGAUUUUUUUUUUUGGCUUACAUUGCUCUCUCAGCUGUGGUCAGCCAGCUCCUGAUGUGCAGGCGGGUUUGGUGGAAGAAUCGCGGUUUGCAUGCGGAGAAUAAAAAAAAAAAGUCAGACACCUUCUCCAUAAGACAAUAAAUGUGACUUUGCAUGGUAUAAUCAGCCAAGACUGCAUCCACCAACAUAUCACUUUAGUGUCUAUGGAUGAACAUUUAUAUGUUUCUGUAUUUUAUUUAGAAUGAGGGCAACAUUAAAACUUAUACAAAGUAUAUAUUUUUGCUAUAAGCCUGCUAUCAUUUUUUUUUUUUUUUUUUUUAAUGUAUCCGCUGUAUAUUUCUGGCAAUGGCAACUUUUUUUUUUUUAAAAGAAACAAUAAAAUCUCACAAAGACUCUCACUACAGGCUGAUCCGUAGGACCAGAUGUUAACAAUAGGCGUGUAAAAGGCCAGAGUUCCGAUAAAGGCAACAUUAUGGGAUGUGCAGGGACAGACCAGACUUGUAUAGGCUUCUGUUGCCCCCCCUCUCACAUUGUGUUCCUUAUACAGCUGAGUUUGUUAUGUGUACUGGGUCAAAUAAACACUCUAUGCUUCA